GGUCGCUCUGCUCUCUGCCGAUCCUCUCCUUCCUCCUCCUCCUCCUCCUCCUCCUCCCCUCAUCCUCCCUCAGAUAUACUACAGCAUAGGAACAAAAAAAAAAUCUGAUCAAGCUUUUCCGGUCUGCUAGCCCUAAUUUCCUCUGAAGACCUCUGGCGUUGGAGCUGAGGGGACGCGCAGGCAGAGAGAUCCUGGACGCGGAGCAGCGAGGAGGAGACACCGGUGGGGGGGAGGCAAUUAACGCGUAUCGCCACAACCCCGCACGCCUCUGCUAACGGGAGCCCGCGCACGGUAAUGCCUCCUGUCGGUGUAAUGUGCCCGGGGAGGAGGAGGAGUGUGUGAAAGGGAGAGCAGGAAUGGUUCGGCGGAUGGGAGCGCACACGGUUCUCGCCGCGGCCGCUCCGUGCCGUCUCCCGUCCGCGCGUCUCUCCGUGAAGCCGCCUCAGAGCGCACACCGAUGCCCGUCCUCUCCUCCGCCGUCCUGCUGCGCCCACCUCCGGGUAUUUGUCCGACUCGUCGUUACAUAACGCAGCGUCUUUGUCGCUUUUGACUGACUGCAUUUCCCCAGAGCCAGGAGCGGGGGACAGACACAGAACCGCCCCGGCAGCAGGAGCAGCGAGCGGCGGCAGGCGGCUGGAGCAAGAGCCGGGCUGUGCCGCCUUUGCUGUCGUGGACUGGAGGACUAGCAGGAGGAUACAGAGAGGGUGGAAACCUGAGUCCAGCGGUGAUGAGAGCUCACUCCGAGUGGAUUUCGCUGGUGUGCUGCCAGAAGCAUCUGGAAAGGAUAACACAGGGAUACACUCCCCCUCCAGAGGACCAGAGGAUAAUUCACAUCUCAGACAUUUCACUGUUCCAGCUCUGAAGUCUCUUUAGCUCGUGUUUAUAUGUGAGAUUGGCAGAAUUUGGGUUCACAACCAGAUUUCCCUCUUUGCACCAGCGGUUUGGACAUGUUGGAUAACCGGUGCAGUCAGUAAGUGAUUGAAGGACGAGCAUCCUCACCCAGAAACAAAUACACAUUCCUGCAAGGCGUCCUCGGAGCUAUGCAGUGAAGAUGUGUGCAGCCAGGUUCAGCGGCUGCCUCAACGGCUGUGCCGAGGAGGCCCCCGGUGGCGCCUCGGGGGCUCCUGGUCCCGUCACGGCCUCCAGGAUGCUGGACUGGACAGAAGCCGGUCCCCGCAUCCUCCACAGCCUGGAGAUGGGGACGGUGAUGACCGUCUUCUACCAGAAGAAGUCCCAGCGGCCUGAGAGGAGAACCUUCCAGAUAAAGCAGGACACGCGGCAGAUAGUGUGGAGCCGAAACCCCGACAAAGUAGAAGGAGAGAUCGACAUACGAGAGAUUCGGGAGCUGCGGUUGGGGAAGGGCUCCCGUGAUUUCGAGCGCUAUCCUGAAGAGGCCCGGAAGCUGGACUCCACCCACUGCUUCAUCGUGCUCUACGGGCUGGAGUUUCGCCUCAGGACGCUCAGUGUGGCUGCCUUCAGUGAGGAGGAGGUCAACAUGUGGAUCACUGGUCUCAACUGGCUGAUGACUGACACUCAGAGAGCGCCCGCACCGCAGCAGAUAGACAGGUGGCUGAGGAAACAGUUUGAAGUCAUGGACAGGAACCACGAGGGCAGCAUCACAGUGAAGGAUGUGAAAGCUCUGCUGCCUCAGGUCAACUACAGAGUCCCCAACAUGCGCUUUCUCAAAGACAAACUACAGGAGGUGGAGGCCAGGAGCGAUCUGUCAUACCCAAACUUCGCACAGCUCUACAGAACGCUGAUGUUCGACACACAGAAGAGUAUUAUUGAGCAGCUGGAGCUCUCCUUCCCUCUGCGGAAUGUCGACAGACCAGAGCUUUGUCAGAUCUCCCUCUACGACUUCCAGAAGUUUUUACAGAUGGACCAGAAGGACUCCUGGGCAUCGGAUCUGAGUCGUGUCAGAGAGUUCCUCAUGGGGUACAUGAGGGGUGGACCACAGCCUGAGCCCAUGCUACAACUUGACGAGUUCCUGACAUUCCUGUUCUCUAAAGAGAAUUCCAUAUAUGAUCCUCGACUUUCGACUGUUGUUCCUGAUGACAUGAAAAGGCCGCUGUCUCAGUAUUGGAUCUCCUCUUCACACAACACCUACCUGACAGGUGACCAGUUUUCCAGUGAAUCCUCUCUAGAAGCCUACGCCCGCUGCCUGAGGAUGGGCUGCCGCUGCAUCGAACUGGACUGCUGGGACGGACCUGACGACCUACCGAUCAUCUACCACGGCCACACUUUAACUUCCAAAAUCAAAUUCCUGGAUGUGCUGCACACCAUCAAAGAACACGCCUUCGUCACAUCCGAGUAUCCUGUGAUCUUGUCCAUUGAAGACCACUGCAGCGUGGUCCAACAGAGAAACAUGGCCACACACUUUAAGAAGGUGUUUGGAGAUCUGCUGCUCACCAAGCCAGUUGACAACAACGCAGAGGAGCUUCCCUCACCCCACCAGCUCCGCAGGAAGAUCCUCAUCAAGCACAAGAAACUGGUGGAAGGCACGCUUUAUGAAGAAGUGUCCUCAGCCAGCUACUCUGAAAACGACAUCAGCAACUCUCUGAAGAACGGCAUCCUUUACCUCGAGGACCCCAUCGACCACACGUGGACUCCACACUAUUUUGUCCUGACCAGUAAUAAGAUUUAUUACUCAGAAGAGACGUCUCAUUACCAGACAGCUGAUGAAGAGGAGGACGAUGAAGGAAAAGAGGAGUGUAACAACAACGAGCAGCACUGUGCAGAGCGCUGGUUCCACGGGAAGCUGGGUGGAGGUCGCGAUGGUCGGCAGGUGGCUGAGAAGCUCCUGCAGGAGUACUGCGAGGGCGGGGCCAAAGACGGCACCUUCCUGGUCCGGGAGAGCGAGACGUUUGUGGGAGACUACACCCUCUCGUUCUGGCGGUCUGGUCGAGUCCAGCACUGCCGGAUCCAUUCACGUCAGGAGUCUGGCUCCACUCGCUUCUACCUGACUGACAACCUGGUGUUUGACACCCUCUACCGCCUCAUCUGCCACUACAGAGACACGCCUCUGCGCUGCAAUGAGUUCGAGAUGAGGCUGGGCAGCCCCGUACCUCAGCCCAACGCACACGAGAGCAGAGAGUGGUACCACUCCAGUCUGUCCCGCGUUCAGGCUGAACACAUGCUGAUGCGAGUUCCCAGAGACGGAGCUUUCUUGGUGCGAAAACGCAGCGAACACAACUCCUACGCCAUCUCCUUCAGGGCGGAGGGAAAGAUCAAACACUGUCGUAUCCAGCAGGAAGGCCGUCUCUUCAUGUUGGGCAGCUCAGCAGAGUUUGAGAGUCUGGUCGACCUUGUGAGCUACUACGAGAAACAUCCUCUGUAUCGCAAGAUGAGGCUCCGGUACCCCAUCAAUGAGGACACUCUGGACCGGAUGGGCACCACUGAGCUUGACUACGGGGCACUGUAUGAGGUCCGAACUCCUCAUUUCUAUGUGGAGGCCAAUAAGAUGCCCACAGCACGGUGUACGGUCAAAGCUCUGUAUGACUAUCGAGCUCAGAGGGAAGACGAGCUCUGUUUCCCCAAACAGGCGCUCAUCCUCAACGUGGACAAACAGGAGGGCGGCUGGUGGCGAGGUGACUACGGAGGAAAGAAACAGCUGUGGUUUCCUGCAAACUACGUGGAGGAGGUUCCCAGUUCUCCCACCAGAGAGCUGGAUGAAGCAUCCACAGAGAACAGUCCCCUUGGAACAUUUCUCAAGGGCUUCAUUGAUGUACCCACCUGUCAUGUAGUGGUGCACAAGGAUGGGAAGAACUCGCGGCCCUACGUAUGCACGAUCCACUCCCAGCACCUGUCCUCGCACCCAGUCCAGACUCUGGAUGUGGCGGCCGACACUCUGGAGGACCUAACCGGUUGGGUCAGCAAGAUCAGAGAGGCUACGCAGAACGCUGAUGCACGGAUGCAGGAGGAGAAGCAAAUGGAGAGGAGGAAGAAGAUCGCGGUGGAGCUGUCCGAGCUAGUGGUCUACUGCAGACCUGUCCCCUUCAACGAGGACAAGAUCGGGACGGAGAGGGCGUGUUACCGGGACAUGUCCUCCUUCCCAGAGACAAAGGCAGAGAAGUUUGCGACUCGCGGCAGAGGGAAACGCUUCCUGCAGUACAACCGCCGUCAGCUUUCCAGAGUUUAUCCCCGAGGACAGAGGCUGGACUCGUCCAACUACGACCCACUGCCCAUGUGGCUCUGUGGCUCCCAGCUGGUCGCACUCAAUUUCCAGACCCCAGACAAACCCAUGCAGCUGAACCAGGCCCUGUUCAUGCUCGGAGGCGGCAGCGGCUACGUUCCCCAGCCUGACAUCAUGAGAGACGACGCCUUUGACCCUUUUGACAAGGACACCUUACACGUGGAGCCAAUCACCAUCCAGUUACAGGUCCUGGGGGCCCGUCAUCUGCCUAAAAAUGGCCGCAGCAUCGUCUGUCCCUUUGUGGAGGUGGAGAUCUGUGCAGCUGAUUACGACAGCUGUAAGUGCAAGACAGACGUUGUAGCUGAUAACGGUCUGAAUCCUGUGUGGGUGCAGAAGCAGUUUGUGUUUGACAUCCACAACCCCACCUUCUCCUUUCUGCGCUUCACCGUCUACGAGGAGGACAUGUUCAGUGAUCCUAACUUCCUGGCUCAGGCGACCUACCCGGUCCGUCUGCUACGAACAGGCUACAGGAGCGUCCCUCUGAAAAACAGCUACAGUGAAGAACUGGAGUUGUCUUCACUUCUGGUCCACAUAGAGAUCGUCAAUGCAAAGGAGGAAGACGAUGAGAACCUGUACAUGUCCAUCCAGCGGCUGCGGGAUCGAACCAGCGAACUGUCGAACCAGGUUUCCCUCCUGGAGAGGUCGGGCUCAGGGGAUCUCAGCUACCAGCAGAGUCUGGAGGAGCUCAGAGCGGCUCAGGACCAGCUGAGUGAGCUGGUGGAGGCUCGAAACCGCAGGCUGAUGGAGAAGAAGAGGAGGGAGAAGCUGAGGCAGCAGGUCGCAGCAAAGCGCAGCUAAUCUUCCCGUCCACCAGAGAGCGCUCAAGUCCAACACAAACGGUGCCUGACAGCCUGAGGAGACAACAGGCUCUCAAUCCAUUUAUAACUGGAAACAAAAAGCUGUUAAGUACCGUGUUGUACUGACAGCGGAGGAAAAAAGUGACAGAAACAUCUCAUGGACUAAAAAAUAAACCUCACAAAACUAAGCUACAAACACAAUCAUGGACUGAAGGCUGAAACACAUUAAGAGUAUUGUAAUUAUUAUUGUAGAUGGGUUUUCUUCUGAUGUUUUCAUGGAAACAAAAGAGACAGGAGAGGUGAAGGGUCAAAAGACAGAUUUCUGAAUUUCAAUAUCCUGAUUAGAAAUGAAAUUAUUAGGGGAAAUCAAUCUAGAUCUAAUUUUGAUAACUGAUUCAGCCAUUUUGCAAGAAAAAAAAUCAGCGAUGUUUGCAGGUUCCUGCGUCUCUAACGCACUAAAAUCCCAAGACAGUAAACUCACUAUCGGGUUAAAUUAAUGUUACAUUGCAAACAAUAAAUCUGUGUUAAAAUCCUAGAACUAAACCAAAAAUCACAAUCUUAAUCAUCGCCAUCACACUGUCGACGAUGACCGAUGAUGCUUUACCGUCCAGAGAACUUGCCGUGUUGCAUUCAUAGAAAUAAACCAACAUUUUCUUAUCAUCUACGGAUACAUCUCAUGCAAUACAAGAACCCGUGUUCUUCCCUGAAUUAUUAGUGAAAAGAAAACGUUCUAAAAACGCCACCAAAGGAUCAAACAUAUUGCUGACAAACGACUGCACAAAGAGCUAUAUUUUCUGCCCCUAAAUUUACCUCUGAUGAGUUUUCAGAUGUAUUUACAACAUAUAACUAUUAUGGAAUAUAACCAUAAUCAUAUCCAUAUAAAAAACACAUUAUAUUGGGGACCCACUAAAAGACCUCCAGUGGGACUCACUACAUUGAAGACUAUUAAGAUCAAUGAAAAAACACCAAACAUUUGCUGGUUCAAGCUCAAGAAUUCUUUGUGUUAUCUGAUCAUAAAUUGUUCAUUUUCAGGACUAUUAAUUGGACAAACAAGCUAUUUGAAGUUGCCAGCUGGAGCUUAAGGAAAUAAUAACAGGCAUUCACCAUUUUAUGGACAAAAAACUUACGCGAUCAAUUGAGAGAAUUAACGUUAUUUGCACUAAUCAUGAUGAGUGAGUCUGGCAGAGUUUUAGACUUCUCACGUAGUGAAUGUCAGCUAAUUAUAAUAAAUAUGCUGCUGGCCAAAUGCCACCACAACAAAAAGUCAAAAAUAAAUGAAUGCUGUCCAACAGAAUAAAGAUUACAACCCCCACCCCCUCACACACACACACACUUAUAUAACAAAAUCUGGCCAGGCUGCUUCUUGACACACGUUUUAGUGCAGCUGGUGAUACAACAAACACGAAAAGCCUUUUGGAAAUUUAAGUUUUAAGCUCUUUCUGUGUUUUGGUCUUCAGCAAGAGGAAAUAAGGGAGAAGAAAAACUCAGGUUACACCGAUGGAUGGAAUUAAAUAAGCUCAGAUAUCUGGAUGGAAAAAAGGGAGUAGUGGGCACACGUAGCAAAAAAAAUAAAUAUCAUGUAUGUGCCUUUUGACGUGGAGAAUAAUUAGUCGAGUGUUUAACAAAAGACUGCUUUCUGUACAACUGGAAGAGUGGCUCUUUAAGGGAAACCUAACAAACUGGGAGGAGGAAUAUCGCUCGCUUGGCUCGGACCACUACUCAUGAAAUGGGUUUUAAAAAGGGAUUUAAAAGACUUAAGUCUGUUCCUCCUCAGUUUUUUUUUUUUUUUUUGGGGGGGGGGUGAUCACGUGGACUCUGCCCUCAGGUGGGUGGGGCUCCUGUCACAGAUGUUCCUGUUCUACCUGGGAGAGCACAAACUGGAAUGUCCAAAUCCAAUCCAAACCACACCGAGAAGGUCUUUUAAUACUUCUUCAAAAAGGGCUCUAAAUAAAUCUAUACUACCUUAAGAGGCACGAGGAGAGCAAACAAGGGCUAUCACAGAAAACUAGCAGAGCACUCUGUCACCUGCCUGUUCAGAUGUAUCGCCUCACGUCUGAACCACAGGACCAGGAUCAGUUCCCAUCGUCUGGCUCUAAUCAACAGCUGUGGCUCAACUGGUCCUGGAUCUGCUAAAAAAACGGCUUCAAUUCGACCCCACUGCAUGGCUUCAUAUCUAAUAAUGCCCCCCCUCCCCUCCCCUCCCCUCUGUAGCUACUUCACCUUCCCAUCAGCCCCCCCUGUCUGAUUUCUUACUGUAUAUAACUUCUUUUAUUUAUCAAACGGGUGUAAAUCCUGUUUCAAUAGAUGAAAGAACAUACUAGAAGAAUGAUAAUGGACUUCAGAUUGAAGAUGCUGUAACUUUAUGUAGAAAUUAAUAUCGUGUACCUGGAGCUCCCUUUAAAAUGUCCCCGUAGACACAAACCUCUCUUUCUCCCUGCGCUGCACUCGCACUGGGUAGGGACUUCUAUGCAAAGGUCGUCUUCUCGGCCAAUAGACGUCGUGUAUUAGGCGAUUUGACUCAAGUUGUGUUUCCUCUCCGUAUCUAUGCUAACUGUGUCCAGUAUUAUUACUCUGCAUUACAAAUCCUGUGCAAGUUUCCAUUUAAUAAAAGCUCUUUCAUGUA